AUGGGGUCGACGGCGAAAAACAUCAGCGGCUCAACAGUGGCGGAUCCAUCCUCCGGCGAGGAGGAGGCAUUCCUGUUCGCCAUGCAGCUGGCGAGCGCCUCCGUUCUGCCGAUGGUCCUCAAGUCCGCCAUCGAGCUCGACCUGGUCGAGCUCAUCCGCCGGGCCGGAGACGGCGCGUGGGUCUCGCCGGUGGAUCUCGCCGCCCAGCUCCCCACCGCCAACCCGGAGGCGCGCGUCAUGAUCGACCGGAUCCUCCGGCUGCUCGCGACCUACUCCGUCGUGAACUGCCGCCUGAGGCCGCUCCCCGACGGCGGCUCCGAGCGGCUGUACGGGCUGGCGCCGGUCUGCAAGUUCCUGACGAAGAACGAAGAUGGCGUUUCCAUGGCUCCUCUGCUUCUGAUGAAUCAGGAUAAGGUUCUCAUGGAGAGCUGGUACCACUUGAAAGAUGCAGUGUUAGAAGGUGGAAUCCCCUUCAACAAAGCAUAUGGGAUGACUGCAUUUGAAUACCAUGGCACAGACUUAAGGUUCAACAAAGUGUUUAAUCAAGGAAUGUCAAAUCACUCGACUAUGGUGAUGAAGAAAAUUCUGGAAAUAUAUGAUGGUUUUGUGGGGCUUGAGACUGUUGUGGAUGUUGGUGGAGGGACAGGUGCCACGCUGGAUAUGAUCGUGACAUUUUUCUUGUGUGCAGGCAUUGAGCAUGUUGGUGGUGACAUGUUUGUGAGUGUACCUAAAGGAGAUGCUAUUUUCAUGAAGUGGAUUUGCCACGAUUGGAGUGACGAGCACUGCCUGAAAUUCUUGAAAAAUUGCUACGAAGCCCUACCAGAAAACGGGAAAGUAAUCCUGGCCGAGUGCAUUCUGCCGGAGGCUCCGGAUACCGGGCUUGCCACGAAGAAUGUGGUCCAUAUCGAUGUGAUAAUGUUGGCCCAUAACCCGGGCGGAAAAGAAAGGACAGAAAAGGAAUUCCAGGCCCUGGCUAAAGGGGCUGGCUUUAAAGGGUUUAACAAAGUUUGUUGUGCUUACAAUUCAUGGAUCAUGGAGCUUCUCAAAUGA